AUGAAAGCAGGCUGCAGCAUUGUGGAUAAGCCAGAAGGAGGAGGAGGUUAUCAUUUCCCAGAGUGGGCUUACAAGACCGAGUCCAGCCCCGGCUCCCGGCAGAUCCAGUUAUGGCAUUUCAUCCUGGAGCUGCUGCAGAAGGAGGAGUUCCGCCAUGUCAUCGCUUGGCAGCAGGGCGAGUACGGGGAGUUCGUCAUCAAGGACCCUGACGAGGUGGCCCGGCUGUGGGGCCGCAGGAAAUGCAAACCCCAGAUGAACUACGACAAGCUGAGCCGGGCGCUCAG